AUGUAUCGUGGCUAUGAGCGUAUACUCAAUCCAUGGCGUUUACAAAUGUAUUUACGUCGAAAAGGACGUUAUUGUCGAUCAUUAAUAAUAAAACCAUUUCCUGAAUAUCAUAAUCUUUGUGAAUUUUUAAAUAUGUUUAAUAAUUUUAUAUCUUAUCAUGAAGAAAAUUAUCCAUUUGACAAUUUUCAAGAGUUUUCAUUUACGUUCUAUGUUUUAGUUUCAGUCGAUGAUGUUAAUAAUAAUUUUCCUCAUCAACAACCGGCUAAUGUUAUUAUAAGAGGAAAAAAACGAUAUUACGGUACUGGUGGUACCAUUUUACAAACACUACGACGUUUCAUUCGUUCAUUGAAAUGUUUGAAAAAGUUUAAAUUAAAUAAUUUAUUAUUGGAAGCCAAUUCUGAUGUUGGUAGUUGUUUAGAAGAAGUACUAGAACAUAGUCAAGACACAUUAGAAUCGCUUGAAUGUCUAAACUAUACAUCACAUAUUUUACCAUUAUAUAUUGUUGGAUUAUUUUCUAAUUUAAAACAAAUAACAAUUUCAAGUCAUUCACUCAGCGAUGACGUUCUACUUCUAUUUGCUAAUCAUACAAUUUAUUUAAAACGAUUGAUUAUUGUUCAAGAUGAAUUAACGAUACCAUAUGUUUGCUCAACUGCGGCAUGGAUUGAAGUAGACAAAAUAUUAUAUGAAAGAACAUUUGAACAUUCAAAAUGGCAUGUCGAAAUGUUAAUGACUGGACGAUGUAAAUGUGAACCAUUAUGGGCAACUGCUCCAGCACCCAUUAAAUCAAUUAUCUAUGAAACUAUUUUUUCUAAAGUUAAUCAUUCAAGUAUCUAUACAUGUUUAGAAAAUUAUUCAAAAACCUUGGAAAUCUAUGCUCAUUUAAAUUCAUUAUGUCGUGUUUAUAUACCAAAAAGUUUUAAUGAACGAAGUGAUCAAUCGUACAUAGCAUUAGUUAAAAACUGUAAAUAUUUACAUACAUUGGCUAUUCGAGAACGUAUUUCAACAGCAACAUGUUUAUUAAUAGUUUAUUAUGGUGUCAAAAAUAAUUUAAAACAAUUUUAUCUGAGACGAAAUUGUGUAAUUUUACGAAACGAAUAUAAAAUGUUUAUAUUUUCUGAUGACAAUAAUCAGACAAUGCACAACUGGAUUGAAACAAAUUGUCGAGCAUAUGAUACAGUUGAAUAUAGAGUAUCAGAAUUAUUGAAACGAAAAUGGCAUAUGUUAUCGGAUCAUCUCUAUAAUAAAAUAAAAAUGUGA